AUGGAAUCAACCGAUCGCUCAAAUCGCGGUGGUCUUGGGUCGUCUCAAAUAGUCAUUCAGCAAUAUGCGAGAUACCCAUCGACGCUAGAGUCGGCGUUGCAAAGUGCCUCGUCGCUGGGGAGUGCUAGAAGCCAGCUCGAAGCGCAUAGAUCGCCUUCUUUGCAUCGAAAGGGAACUCCGCGAAGCUUGCAAACGUCCCCGCGAGUGAUGCGCUCGGUUCUACCACCGUCAUCGGCUGCACGCUCUGGUCUGUCAAUGUCUCCGCCCGUCUUUGACGGCCUUCGGCAUCAUCCAAUGAAAGAUCCAGCCGAUCAGGCCGAGAAUCGCAUCUUACCAUCCCGUGAGGUGACAGAUGAGAACAUUGACGCUGCCUAUGUUUUGUUUAUCCUGUAUUGUAAUCCUAAUGUUCCCUCUUCGGUUGAUACCUCGGAGCUGCGCAAAACAUUCCGUUGUCCUCCGCGCAGCGACGGUAAAAGCUUCAGUGUGUACACGCUUUUCGAGCUGAUCCGAAAGCUCGACAACAAGGAGCUCAAAACAUGGAUUCAACUUGCCAUGGAACUAGGAGUCGAACCGCCGUCGAUGGAAAAGAAGCAGAGCACGCAAAAGGUGCAACAGUAUGCAGUUCGGCUGAAGCGCUGGAUGCAUGCGAUGCACGUCGAUGCUUUCUUUGAGUUUUGCUUGGGCCAUCCCCAUACAUACUACACCCAGCUCCCUCCUUCCGGUCCAUUCGUCAGUGAGUCACGCGAUGGUGUACCGUUGGAAGAGGAUCUCGCUCUCCGGGCUCUUGUACCUCAAUGGAAGCCCAAACGUGGUAGAAAGCGGGCUGAUGAGCGAGAGCUCGAUGAGGAAAAAUCAUCAAAGCGUCCUCAACUGGACACCUCGUGCCUACCCGGGCGAGGAAGACCCUUGGAUGACAGCACCAUCGUCAUUCCCACAACCAGCUCCGCCAGAUCACCAAGCACAAGAUUUACAUUGGAGGCUUCCGGAUCGCGAGACUUCCCCGCCGGCUAUCCCCAGUCCGCUAUACUCCCUAGAGGAAGUCAUCCAUCGGACAUGCUCAUGUCUGCCGAGCCGCAAUCGGCUGUCACCCCAUCUUCCAAAGAAAAAUCCCGGAGUCGCCGACGGCACGGGCCAGCUGUUUCGUCAGCCUGGCCUAGCAGUAACGGCAUGUCAGGUGGGAAGAGUCGCGGUCGGCCACCAAACAAAUCAGCAGUAUCAGGGUCUUUCUCUACUUUCCAGGUGAAUCCUAGUCGGGACUCAUCGCAAGCUCCUCAAAAUUCCUCAGUUCAGUCCUCUCCACUGGUCAUCGACCAGGCCCCUUCAAGCGCUGUGCCUGCAACAGCUUAUCAUCAAACCCCAACUCCAGCGACGAAUGGACGACCGGGUCGGCUUCAAUUACAAGUUCCUCGGCACCUUGGUGCCCCAGUCAGGCUUGCAACUCCUCCUACCGUUUUGGUGAAUGGUGUGAAUGGCGCAGUUCUUCAGUCCCGAGAAUCUCAGGAGGUUGAGGAAGACGGACAGACCGAUUCUACCCAUCAUAUCGAUAACGUUUCAAUUCAAGCCUCGGCCACUCCAGACAUGAAAAUUUCUUCAGAGGAAAUUAUCCGCGUCCUCUCCAGCGACCUUCUCCGUGUGCCACUUACCGGGCGGGAGCUGCCAAUCACACCUGAUGAAGGCCGUGCAUUAGCUUCUAAAUUGGUGACAAACUUCAGUGCUACCCACUCCCACCUACCUGGUGCAUUAUCUGGGUCUCUUCUAGCUUUUCAACUUGGUGUUGGGCAUCAUUUUGGAUUAUCGUCCCACAGUCUCCCUUCUAUAACUAUUCAUAUUGAUGCUGAACAUGCCACUUCACUCGCCGUCGAAUUCAACACAAGAUAUACCGUUACCUUCGAACAUGCUCCCACUUGCUAUUUAUCUAUUCAAAUUGUACUUGGCAACAUUGGUACUAGAUCUGCGCCUAAUCGUCCAUUCCACCAAGCGGUUCCUCAUCUUGACUCUCAACAUAGUACCACAGGAAUACGCUAUGCAGCAGAUGCUGAGCUCGAGGAAGAUGAUGACUUCGAGCAAGGAAUUUCUGAAUUUACCUGGAAGCAACGAUAUAUGAAGCUCCGUGCGCAGAUGCAGAAAAAGGAGCGGGCAUUAUCCCAGUAUAAGCGGAAGAUUGUGGAAUCUGUUAUGGCUGAUAUCUGA